CCGAGCCCGACGUUGCUUAACUUCAGUGAUCGGACGAGAACUGGUGCUUUCAACUUGGUAUGGACGAAAUACCAGCAAAAAGGAGUCUACAGCACUCGGUGUUCCCAGGCGGUCACCCAUCCAAGUACUAACCGAGCCCGACGUUGCUUAACUUCAGUGAUCGGACGAGAACUGGUGCUUUCAACUUGGUAUGGACGUAGA